AUGGCUUCAAAAAGUGGCUUCGAUGUGCAGCAGCUGCUGGAACAGCUACACACGUCCUUCGAGCCCAAUGCGAUGCUUCGAGGCGCACAGCUCACCUUCGUUGGUGCAAACCGGGCACUACAGAACCCAGGCCUCUUCACGUCCUCCCAUUACCGACAAGCUGCCCUUGCCGUGGUCGCCGGUCUUGCUAUCCGUCUAAUCGUCACCCUCCCUACCUUUGGCAUACGCAUGCUCAUUCGCUUCAUCGGCCUUUUCACGGAUUUGGAGCACUCAGCCUGGGACGAAGAUGUGGUCGAAGGCAUUGAGUUCAUAGAGCACUCUGUUCUGCAGGUGCCGUUCUUCUUGAUGAGCUUCAUACGGUAUCUGAGCCCUGCCAUGGACGAAAUGUUCAUGAACAGCUUGGCUUGGGUAGACCAGACGUACGUCCAGAAGCACAAACAGGACGAUCCGAAUCAGCUACGUGCUAUGUACUACCCAAGUCUGCACAUGUACAACCAGCAAGGAGCACAGCAUCAAGGCAAAGACCCGCAUCAGAAGAAAGAUCCGUACCAAGCAGUUGCAGCAUUUUUGCAACGAUUUGGAAGGAAGGCAGCAUUGUCUUUGGGCAUCUACCUGUUGUCUUUCCUGCCAUAUGUUGGACGAUUUGUCUUGCCUGCAGCGAGUUUCUAUACGUUCAACAAGGCCGUUGGCUUCACGCCGGCCAUUAUCGUCUUCAGCACUGGCCUCUUCUUGCCCAAGAGGUACCUGGUCCACUUCUUGCAAAGCUACUUCUCGAGUCGGAGCCUGAUGCGUGAGCUGCUCGACCCUUACUUCUCCCGCAUACGAUACAACCCUCAGCAAAGACGGGCCUGGUUCCAAGAUCGUGAGGGCGUCCUAUAUGGCUUCGCUCUUACAUUCUACAUGUUCUUACGGAUACCGCUCUGUGGUGUCUUGAUCUACGGCAUUGCAGAAGCCAGCACGGCAUACCUCAUCACGAAGAUCACUGAGCCACCUCCAAAUCCGCAGGACGCGAAGGCAGUCGAACAAUUCAAGAGCGAGGACGUGAGGUGGGAGAACAAGCAGAAGUUCUUGAGCUUGCCUAUGGACGCACUUGACCGCAUGAAUGUUAGGGCGAAGAGUCGAGAGGAGGAGCGACCAGACAACGUUGGAGACAUGAAGGGACGAAAAUUCACAUAG